AUGCGGGUGCUGCGGAAGGGCAGUGCACAUGCGCGUGCUUUAUUGGGGGAGGGGCGGCUGGCGUCGGUAAAAUUUUGCGGCAACUGUGGAGAAAUGCAGCGUAGGGCUGCGUGGCGCCCGACGACAGUUCGGCGGAGAGGCCAUUGCGGGGUUGCGGAACAAACAACGUGGAAGGCGGAGUGGGAGCUGCCGGUGCUUUCACUUUGUCAGUGUGCUGUGGAAGAGAAAGGGCCCUUGGAGCUUGCUGUGGUUUGCCGCUUGCUGCUCUGGGCUGUCGCUAAGGCAUACGCUGAGGAACGCGCAGAACCUUUUUUG